UUGUACGUACGUAAUUAUGUAUGCUCUUAUUAACCACUGCCACAGCUAUGUUCCUAUUUAUUCUUAUUGAUUUACAAGUGAUCAAUUUUAUGACAGGUUUGCUUUCUUGGGCACUGUAAGACAAGAAUAAAAUAAUUGCAUGCACAUUAUAAAUAUGUACAUAUAUAGAGCAGAGAAAGUUCCACAGAUAAAAACGAUAUCUUAACAAGAUAUGAUUCGUUAUCUUUAUAAGGUAUUGUAAAAUUGGCAAGAAAUAACCUUUGAACAAAAUUAACCGUUGAUGUAUCAUCUGAACACUUAUUUAUUUUUAAAUCACGGGUGAUAGAUAAACAAUUGAUCAUUAUUAUGGUCUCAUAGUUAAAAAAUAAAAUGAUAUUGAUCAGGGCGUGGAGUCUUAUAAAUACAAGAUGAGUUGGCCCAACGGUUCAGUUUGCUAGUUACUGCAAAAGUGAUCAAAUCCAUUGUUCUUGAAGAUGUCCGGACUAACAGCUACAUUCGAUGAGAAGGAAAGGACUUGGAGUGGACCCAAAGGAGAGAACACCAUUAUGGACGAUGAUACAUCUUUGGGAUCAAUCAUAUUCAAGGCCAUGCCGAAUUGGGCUAAAAAUAUGAGUCAGAUAUGCGAUGAAGACGGAAUAUCACUAACAUUUGAGCAAACUCUUCGCUGGUCUAUUCGAAUUGCCCAGUUUUUGAAGAGAAAAGGUCUUAACCAUAAAGAUGUGAUUGGUAUCAUAGCUGCAAACAGUAUAUAUCUGGCACCCCUUGGUAUAGGCUGCUUUUUCAAUGGAACACCCUUCCAAGCAAUGAAUCCGUCUUUAGAUGAAGCCACCACAAAUGAACUUUUAUCACAGACCAAACCUGCUAUAAUUUUCUGUGAUGAAAAUGUUUACGAAAAAAUAAAAUCAGCUUCAAGAGGAUGGCAGCCCGAUAUUUACACGAUCACCGGAAAAGUUCUAGGAGUGCCAAGCAUUAAAGUCCUACUGGAACCCACAGGAACUGAAGAAAUGUACCAACCUGAACCUUUGGCAGAAGGUUGUAGACAGACUGUGGCCAUUCUUUGCUCGUCUGGAACUACCGGCUUUCCGAAGCUCAUUGCCAUAUCAAAGGUUAAUUUUCUAAUUCACGAUGAUAGGGGAGUCGGGAUAGUGCUGUACACACCGAGUACUCUGAGUUGGACUACGGGUAUAUUGACAUUGGUUUUAAGCAUUACUUCCGGCACAACCCAAAUCCGAAGCAGAAAACCCUAUACUGCCGAGAACGUUGUCCGAUUGGUGAAGAAGUAUAAGAUUAAUGUGGCAUACAUGGCUCCGGAACAUCUUUCAUCCUUGAUCUCUUGUCCUGAAGUCACAUCGGAAGCUAUGGAAUCCGUUCAGAUGCUGUCCUACGCCGGAGGUUAUAUUUCUUUGGCAACACUUGAGCGAGCCAAAAAGAUUUUCAAUAAGGCCAUUAUCACAUCGACCUAUGCAUUAACGGAGUGCGGAAUUUUGGCCAGGAAUUUUACAAACAGUAACUUCUCCUCGGCUGGCAGACCUUUUUAUAACGUCAAGUUACGAAUUGUUGACGAGGUUGGGAAUAACCUGGCCCACAAUCAGGUGGGAGAGAUAUAUGCGCAUACAGGGCGACCUUGGAAUGGUUAUUACGGAAGUCAAGAAGCCACCAGAAGUUUCCAGGACCCAGAGGGUUGGUUCCAUACGGGAGAUAUGGGUUACUUUGACAGUGAGAACUUCUUGUAUAUAGUGGAUCGGAAAAAGGAAGUCCUCAAGUACCAGGGUCUUCAGUACUGGACCACUGAGAUCGAGGAAGUUAUUUCGGAGCUUCCUCAAGUGCGAGAUGUUUGCGUUGUCGGCAUUUAUAAUGAGAAAGUGGGCGAUGAGGCUGGAGCCUUGGUUGUGAUCAGCCACGGAUCCAAUAUAACUGCAAAGGAGAUUGUGAAUCACGUGGCCAAACAGCUGCCCGCAAGCCAUAAACAUCUCCAUGCCGGAGUCCAGUUCACCGAAAAGUUGCCAGCGAAUGCAAAUGGAAAAACAUUGCGGAAGGCAGCGCGUGAAGAGUUCAUGGCCAAGAAGAAACUUGCUACUGGCUAA